AUGUCGGUGUGCGGUAUAUGCGGACAGGUGCUGUCCUCGGAAGUGGCGGCGCGGCGGCACGUGCGUCACGCCCACCCGGACCGCCAGCCUCGCUGCCCGCUCUGCGGCGCCGCCGCCUCGGGCUACGAGGAGCUGCAGCAGCACGUGGAGGCCGCCCACCCGGAGCCCGAGCCGCUGCCCGGCGCCCGCCGCCCCGAGCUAGAGUGCCCCUUCUGCGGGGAGGCGGCGGGGAGUCAGCUGGAGGCGCACGUCAGGGCGCGGCACGGGCGGCUGCUGGGCGCAGACUGUAGAACGUCACGGUGUAAUCGACUGCAUGACACAGAGGAUGUUGAACAACUAUAUGAAUGUCCAAUAUGUGGUCUUACCUGUACAAACAUUCAGAUUCUCGAGGAACAUGUGGAUUUACACUUAGAGGAACACAACUUUCCAGAAGGUGGAAGCAGUGGAGAUCUAGAACUGGCUCAGCGGCUUCAAACUGAAGAAGACAAACAGCAGAGACUUGAAGAAGAGAAGCGAGAGAAGGAAGAAUUUAAAAAGCUACAGAGACAAUAUGGUUUGGAUAGUUCUGGAGGCUACAAGCAGCAAUUCCUAAAUAAUAUGGAAAGAGAAGUUAAUAGAGGAAGGAUGGAGCCCUUUGAAUAUCACAAGAGAAAAGCCGAUAUGAUGGAAUGUUUGGCUUUUGGUAUAGAUGAUGGGAAAACAAAAACCUCAGGCAUCACUGAAGUAUUGUGCAAGUACUACCAGAAUGAAAACAAAGAUGUGAGGCGUGUAUGGCUUUCAGCAGGAGUAGAUCACUUCCACUCAUCUCUGGGGGACAAAGGCUGGGGUUGUGGUUACAGGAAUUUCCAAAUGCUCCUUUCCUCACUGUUGCAAAACAGCUUGUAUGAUGACUGCUUGAGAGAUACUGCACUAAUUCCUAGCAUACCGAAGAUUCAGUCCAUGAUCGAAGAUGCUUGGAAAGAAGGCUUUGAUCCUCAUGGGGCAUCUCACUUCAACGGCCGAUUAUGUGGUUCUAAGGCGUGGAUAGGAGCAUGUGAAAUUUAUUCGCUGUUAACCAGUCUCAGGAUAAAGUGCCAAAUUAUCGAUUUUCACAAACCGACUGGUCCCAUGGGUACACACCCUCGCUUAUUUGAGUGGAUUUUACGUUACUAUUCUACAGAUAGUGAAGGUGCUGCAAAGGUAGUGUGCACUUCCAGGCCACCUAUCUACUUGCAACAUCAAGGUCAUAGCCGUACUGUUGUAGGCAUAGAAGAGAAGAAGAAUAAAACCUUAUGUUUGCUACUGUUUGAUCCUGGAUGUCCUGCUCAAGAAAUGCAGAAACUGCUAAAACUAAGCAGUGACGGCACUAGUCUUAGACUACUUCGAAAGUUUAUGGGAAGCUUAAAAGAAAAGCAAUACCAGAUAGUCGCUGUAGAUGGCAUCCUCACGUUGGAAGAGAAAACUGGUCUCAGACAUGCUGUGCUGAAAAUCUACAGCUCUGAAAUAAAAAAAAGCUGUAUUAAAGAUGAACCAGAUCUGGGGUGGGAACAGGUUAUUGGUGAAGAUGUGAAAAAUGGACCCAAGGCAAAUGAUGAUAUGGAAGAAGAAAAGUUCUUACUCAAAAGGCAAACAGGAGUGUUAAGGCGUUCUAUCAGAACCUGAAUCAUGACAAAGGGAGAAAAGUAGAGCUGUAAAAGGCAAGUGCUUGUAAAUACCUUGCAUACAAGAAUGUGUAAAAUAUUUAGGCAAACAUCUUUAUAACCGUGUAAGCCAGCAACACUUUGUCUACUUCUGAAGGAAGUUUAGUGUGUAGAAAUUUUAGAGUGGAAAUGCCAAGU